AUGCAGCAGAAUGGCUCGAGCGGUUCCAACGGCUCCGACGGCUGCAGCAGAGACCGCCAGUCGCUGCCCUUCAGCCCGCUGCCCGCCGCGGCGACGACCCGGGUGAGGAGGUUCAUUCAGGAGAGACGGACGCUGCCUCUACCCAGAGUGAUGGUGGUAUUCUCGGCCGCGGGUGACACCGACAAACCGGGCGAUGCCAUGUCCAGCUCGGACUCUGCGGAGGACGAGUUCCGAAAGCCGGCCUCCCCAGCGCCGAACUUCAGCCUGAGCAAGCCGCUCCGCCCCUCACUGAGCGCCGGGGAGCAGGAGUUCCCAGAGGUCAUCUCUCUGAAUGUCGGGGGCACGUUCUUCACCACUCGCCUGUCCACGCUGCGGCGGUUCGAGGACACCAUGUUGGCCGCCAUGUUCAGCGGACGCCAUUACAUCCCACGUGACGCCGACGGGCGCUACUUCAUCGAUCGGGACGGGACAUAUUUUGGGGACAUCCUGAACUUCCUCCGAGAGGGUGAGCUUCCUCACCGGGACCGAGUGCGAGCGGUUCACCGGGAGGCUCAGUACUACGCCAUCGGCCCGCUGCUGGACAGCCUGGAGGACACGCAGCCGCUCACGGGGGAGAAAGUCCGACAAGCCUUCCUCGACCUGCUGCCGUACUACAGAGACAAUCUGGAGCGUAUUGUGGAGAUCGCCAAACUGAGGGCAAUGCAGAAAAAGGCUCGGUUUGCCAAACUGAAGAUCUGCGUCUACAAGGAGGAGAUGCCGAUCACGCCAUACGAGCGCCCUCUCUUUAACUCUCUGCGCUUCGAGCGCUCGGACAGCGAGGCCAAACUGUUCGAGCACCACUGCGAGGUGGACGUUUCUUUCGGACCUUGGGAGGCGGUGGCGGACGUUUACGACCUGCUGCACUGCAUCGUCAGCGACCUCGCCGAGCGUGGCAUCACCGCCGAGCAGCAGUGCAUCGGCGUCUGCGACAAGCACCUUAUCAACCAUUACUACUGCAAGAGGCCCAUCUACGAGUUUAAGAUCACGUGGUGGUGAAGCCGCGAAGCCGAUGGGACCAACGAGCUAAAGUUCUGUUUUUACUACAAUCGGCCGAUAUUGGUUUUUGUAUUGAAGUUGCCAAUAUUUUGUGCUGACGUCUUAAAACGUGACCCUUUAAAUCAAACUCAUCAAGUAUCCUGUGUUUGCCCAGAAUGUUUUCCUUUUCUUUUUUCCACUCGGUGGAUAAAUUAGAAUAUUUAAGGACUCGUUGCGGCCGAGAGGUUCGCAGUGUGCCGCUGUAGUUACAUGCAAGUUGCAGCCGGCUGUCGACCGCUGCGUUAAACUGAAGUAUAUAAAUAUAUAUAUAUAUAUAUAUAUAUUUAUAUACGUGUGAAACAACGCUGGUGCAGACGGACUGCUGCCGAUUCUCUUCGGUUUCAUUCAGUACAGCCGUCGACACGCUGGAGGGAGAUUGUGUAACUUUUUUCCGCUGUGGCCAUGAAUAACAACAGUAGAGAGGUAACGUCUGUUAUACAGUAGUAUCUAUACAAUGCUAACGUUAGCCACCAUAAGCUACUAAUCAGACCAGAUAAAGUAUGUCUGAAGUAAACUAAACUUUUAAGACUCAUUUCCUCCUUUAAAAGUUACGUUUUCUUGCUUUAAGCCAUCAAACUUUUUUUUUCCAACUUGCUAGUGAAACUACAGCGACUGAAAGCAACAUGAUUGUAGCUUCAGAAGUGGUCGACAUCACCGUGUAUCUAAUUUAAAAUGACCCUUCCUAAGCCCCGCCCCUUUUUGGACCUCAGGCAACUUCCUGCUUUCCUGUACUUUGAUAUGCUACGUGCUAAGCUAAUCCAUGUUGAAAAGACAACCCCAGUUUUAAGAUGAAAGAUUGUUAAAAGAUAAAAGAGACGUAAAUACAGUCACAUCGUAAGUUGACUAAUGUUUAACAAUGUUUAAAAUGUGGUUGUUUUUUCAGAUUAGCUUAGCACGUAGCGUAUCUAAGUGCACAAAGCCGAAAACAUUUCCCAGGAUGGUGAAGUCACAGCCGCCCUACUCUGCCUCUGAUUGGCUCACCCUGACAUCCUGACACUAAUCAAUCAAACCAGUGAAGGCAGCGAGUAUCAGCCAAUCAGAGGCCGGUGGGGGGGGGGGUGUCAGGACUUCACCAUCCUGGAGAAACAGCAGAGAGUUGACCGGUUGUUUAUAUCCUGAAUGUAUUAUUGUUUAUUUAUUAGCUGGUUGAUCGGUCGACUGUAGCGUCGAUCGGGAUCAAUAUGUGACAUUUAAAUAUUGAAUAUUGUAAGUAAGUAAACUGAAGUCAGAUCUGUAUAUUUUAGGACUAAGUUUAGUUUGAGGGUUCACACAGAGUAUAUUUUAAUUAUGCAACCUCCUGAGGAGUGUUUAUAGUCGGCUGGUAUCCAUUACGUCACCAGUGGGGGGGAAGGAAAGAGUUUGAAAGAUUAAAUUCAAAUUUAAACAUUUAAUUCAACCUUUAUUAAUCAUUUGAGUUCAGUGGAGCUUCGAUAUAGAGAAAGUUAAGUUUCAUGUCGUUUCCUUACUGUACCUGAUGAAGUCUGAGCACCUUGUGAUUGUAACCGAAUUAUUGUUUUUACCUCAAGUGAGAAUCUGAUAAACUCCAGUUAUCAGCAUCAGUUGUUUUGGAGCUACGUUCUUCCUACCAAUGUUCAUUUAAUGUUUGCGAAAAUGUUUUUAUAUUGUUAUUUAUCUGUUUCCGUUAGCUUCUAGGAAGCUACAGUUCGAUAUUUGGGCUUGUUUGUAGUGUUAUUUUUAUUAUUUAUGGUGAAAAUUAAAAAUAAAUUAUAAUGCUUUCACAA